GUGACUUUAUAAAGGAGCUUUUUUUUCAAUCCGCUUGGAAUCGAUGUUCUUUAAACCGAUGCCGUUAAAUGUUUGAUUUUCUUCUGUAAAACAAUAACUAGUUACUUUUUUUUAAAGGUUCAAAUGAAUGUGAUAACGAAAUAAAUCAGUAUGAAUAAGAUGUCAAGAUAUCCUUCAGACUGUAAGGUCUAUGUGGGAGAUUUAGGAAGCAAUGCAACAAAACAAGAGUUAGAGGAUACUUUCUCAUACUAUGGACCUUUGAGAAAUGUAUGGGUUGCCAGAAAUCCUCCAGGAUUUGCUUUUGUCGAAUUUGAAGAUGCUAGAGAUGCAGAAGAUGCUAUCAGGGGCUUAGAUGGUCGUACCAUAUGUGGAAGACGUGUUCGUGUGGAACCAUCAAAUGGAAAAAGAUUGAGAGAUAGAGGCUCAUCACGACGUGGUGUGGCAAGACCAUUCCAUCCAGAAGACAAAUGUUAUGAGUGUGGUGAAAGGGGUCAUUAUGCAAGAGAUUGUCCUCGACAUAGAAGUUCUCGUAGAAAACGGUCUUACUCAAGAUCUCGAUCACGGUCACGUUCGCAAUCUCGAUCGCGAUCACGGUCACGUUCACGUUCAAGAUCUCGAAGCAAACGUUCAAGGACACGUUCGUCUUCCCGUAGUCAGUCUAGAACCAAGAGUGGCCACGGUAAGGACAAAUUUCGUAAUAAGAGGAGGUUGGAUUCUAAAGAUCGUAGUCCACGACGAUCAAAAUCUAGAACCGCAUCUAGAUCACGUAGUAGAUAGAUAUGGAGACCCACAUUAACGUUGUGAGAAUAAAUCUUUCAAGCAACUGUCUAAAAAAGUACAAAAAACAAUAGAUUUUUCAAAGGGAAAGCUAUUUACAAGAAUGGGAGAUCUUGCUUCUAAUGCAUCUAAGCUCAGUGAAAAGUGUCGAUGGAUCCGAAUGUAUUCGGAAUGCAAAUGAAAUGAGUUUUUUGCGCACUUUGUUCAUUGUAGUAUUUUAAUUAUUUAAAAAUGUUAAUGGUUCAAUAACCGAAUGAUUGAAAUAUUUUUGAUUUUCUGUUACAUAAAUAUAUAUACUACUUAUUCUUUCAUAAUUCAAUGUUAUCAUUACAGUAGACUUGGGUUAAAGAAGUCGAAGAUCUGCUUCCCAGAGGUUAACGCGAUAUGUAUAACUUAGAUUAUGUAAAAAGCAAUUAAAGCACAUACUUUAUUAUUCUACAUAUAUAUUAAGUCUGUUCUUUCUUGUUCUCAAAAUAAUUAUAAAAUCGUAAACGAAACGAAUUUUCUACAAAACCAAAAUGAAAUAAAGUUACUUUCAAGGCAUGUAUAUUA